GCAGCAGCACGAACCGAACAAACCGAACGAACCGAGAGCUGAGGGGUUGAAGUCUAUAAAAGGAACUGGCCGUACGCGCAAAGGCAACAUUCCGCUAGCAAAAUCCGUCUGCGAGACGUGUGCCCCGAGACCAGUGUAGCAGCCCUUUGACAGAGUGACAGUGAUAACAGUGGAAACAAGUUCCUAGCCUACUGUGCAUCACCAUCUCAAAGACAAUAUAGCUUCCUGUGGUGCGUGAGAAGAAAGAAAAAUAGAAAGAGAGAGAGAGAGUGAGCUUCUCUGCUUAGGCGACGGUGUGUGUGUGUGUGUCGAGUGUGUGGGAAAUAAGGGGGAUAGGGCAAGGACAACGAGGCAACCUCUGCCUGCUGGAAUCAACUUGUUGUUUGAUCUUCCCGAAGUGGAGCGUCCCGAAGUGUCGUCGUGUGUUCGCGCACGCACCUUUGUUGCGUCGACUUGGUUUUGUGUGUGUGUCUGUCUGUGUAUUUGCCUUCGGUAAGGCUUUGAACUGGCGUGGGUGUCCGAGGACGAAAGCACCCGAAAACACCUACGCACGCACGCAGGCUGACCCGUCCAGGCACAACACAAUCCUGCUGGACGAUUUAUGCAGUCGAACCGACGGACCAGGUCAGUCAGUUCCCGACACUCGCUAGGAUCAGUACACGGAUCCGAAGAAGAAGGAAAGAAAAAAAGCAACACUUGGCUUUGUGUUCCGAACAAGCAUCAACCCGUUAGAAGUGUGUGAUACGAAUAAAACGGGGUGCAGUGAAGUGAAGUGAGAAAAACGGCCCGAACUGAAACUGUUGAACAACAGGGCAACAAACUUUUUCGCCAGCAACUCUCUGGAGAGUGAUUCGUUACGGGGGAAGUUUUAUCCAGUCCACCAGCAGUACCACCAGAGUCACAUACACCAAAUCAGGUACUAAUUUUGCACACAGUUUCGCACACAAUGGCCAACACGUGGACGCUGACGUGGGUCUUGGCGCUCUGUAGUGUGAUGAGCCUCGGAAGGGCUGCCUCCUCACUGCCAGGUAGCAGCAGUAGUAGCGGUAGCAGCAGUUCCAGUAGUAUCAGCAGCGCCAGUAGUAGCAGUGGUAGCAACGGUUUCCCAGUGUUUGGCACUAAACGGUACACUCGCUCUAACCUGCUGCCCUCGAGUGAGUACGGCGGUGGACAGGGUGGACUAUCGCUCCCGGUGUACCACCUGCCGAACGCACGGUACUACGACGCCCAGCUGCCACCCCAGUACUUCCCGUACGCCCCGUACCAGCCCCCGGUGAGCAGCGAUUACUAUGACGAUGCGGGAUACUACGGCGACAGCGCGGGCAAGAGCUACUACUAUCUGCCCCAGCCGCAGCACCGUCGGUACCAGCGCAACAACGAACGGUACACCUCCUACGGGCUGCCGACGUACCGGGGCGAGUACAAGCCGACACCGUACUACUACGCCCACGGGCCGAGCUACAGCUACUCGGACGAUCACGAAUCGAGCAACCCGCUGGACGAUCUGCACGAGGAGAUGCUGCAGGAGGAUGAGCGCGAGCGGGCGCGCGACUACUACCCCGUCGGACAAGAGCAGUGGUACGAAAGUCCUUCCCGCCCGGAUUCGGCCUUCCUGCGCAAUCUGAUCCUGUACAACAGCCAGCUGGCGAACUUUGGUGGUGCUCGCGGUAGACAGCUUCCACCGCUCGAUAUGUCCAACGAGGAAGACUUUGAGGAGUACGACGAUACCGAACCGGACUACGACUAUGAAGUUCCGAUUGCUGACACACGAGCGCCGGGAUAUGGUGAGUACUUCUCCGGCAAUGGCUACCCAUCGGACAGUGUGCCAGCGUACGCCGUCGGUCCAGCGAGCAGCCGCAACACGUUUAGCAAGCUGAACAGCUUCCGCAACAGUAUGGCGAAGAAUCAAAUCGACGAGGAUGAUGAGGAGGUGCAGGAGCUGAAGUCGCUCAUCCACCAGCAGAAGAGUAGCCAGCGGCUGCCCCCGAUGCUGAUGGACAAGAUGGCUCCCUUCGUGCUGAAGCAGCAGCAACCGUACUCACCACCCCAGAAGCAAUCCCAGCAUCAGCAGCAACAGCAGCAGCAGCAGCAGCAGCAGCAGGUGCAACAGCAGCAAGUACAUCAGAGACAAUCGAAACAACAGUACCAACAACUUCAACCCCAACAGCAGCAGCAGCAGCAGCAGCAACAACAGCUGCUACGACAGAAGGAACAACUUCUACAGCAACAGCGACUGAAGGAGCAGCAGCAGCAGCAGCAGCAGGAACGUUUACUUCAGCAGCAACAACUGGAACAGCAGCUGCAGAAGGAACAGAAGCAACAACAGCUCCUGCGUACGCUCUCCUCCGACUACCAACCAACCUACGAACAGGCGGACAACUGGCAGAAGGACAGCCCGAGCUACAAUGCGUACGAUUACGAUGCGGACGAGUACGACGAUUCCUGGAGCCACUGGGACCGCAAACGGAACGUCCAGCCGAAGAAGGCCACCUUCGUCAGCACUACGACGAAGAAACCCAAGGCCAAGGCGACUGCCAGCACUGUGGCACCGGUUACCUCGAAGCCUGCCGCUACAGUGGCGACGAAAGUGGCGACCGGCAGCGGCCAGAAGGAGGUUGUCCUGCCCAGACCCACCAACCCGCGGAACCUGUUUGCGGCGAACCUGAUCCAGGCCGUGGAUGAAACGCGCAUGCAGCUCGGUACGCCCAAAACGGAGGACGGUAGCGCCAAACAGCACAAGGAGCCAAAGUCCAGCAAGAUCUACGAUGCGUUACGGGCCAUGAUCAACAUGAAGCAGGAUGUGGAGGGUGCCGAUCUUCGUCAGCAGUUGGAGCAUCAGAAGCAGCUGGCACACAUCCACAAGCGUUUCGUUUCGAACGAGGAGUCGCUCGUACAGCAGCUGGACGGUUUGAAGCGUUCGGCUUAAGUCAAUCGCAACCGUCAAACAUCGAUUAAGUGAGUUUUUGUUCAGUGUAAGGACGACCCAUCUUUGUUCCUUCAUCUCUAUAGCUAGAUAUUUUCUUUUCUUGUGACAUUCCUCUCGAAAAAAAACCAAAAACCUGCUCAAACUAUUCUCAUUUUAACACGAAAUAGUUCUUUGUAGCUAAAUUUAUAUACCUUUUUUUCAAAUACCAUCGAAUGUAACACUAGUGAAGCGCACAGUGCUGCUCUAUUAGUUACCCAAUUAUACUGCAGACUAGCUGAUCGUGAAACAAAGCAGAGCAAAAAAGAAACACACACACACACACAAAACAAGGUUGAGACUGAAUUCUUGUAUAUAUGGAGUAGCAUAAACAACAAAACACUAUACAGGCUGCAAACAGCCAAAUAUAUACCAAAGUUUGCAAAGCGAACACCUAAGGCGGCACUAGGCGGGAAGCCGCUAAAUGAUGAUUCUUGUUAUACAUAUUUAUACCAGCCGCAUGUGAUUGAAGCAGAAGGUGGAAAACAGGAAUUAUUACUGAAACAAACACAGGCCAAAGACAGGAGACAAACAUGGCAACCGUACGUAUGUUUACUUUCUAAAGUUGACGCCACAAAAGUGACCAUACCAUUCCGUGCGGCCCUUCCGUGAGCUGUGAGGCUAGCAACUGUGUGAGUUGGGAUUAACAGUGGUUGUCCGUGCUUUUGAGGCGGCACGGACUGGAAUCGUUACUUUUGACGCACAAUUGUGCACCCGAUGUUUGUGUUUUACGCUCUGGGCUGUACUGCCCAAACUGUUUCCCCCCCUCUAUUUCCUUUUUUCGAUUCAGUCGUUCAAACAGACAAAGUAGGGUUAAACGAAAAAUGUGUCAAUUCGCCUUUCCUUUUCCAAUAUUUCCAUUACUGUGAGGUGCGAUGGGUGCGAUUUUUAAUUUAGGAAGCUUGAUGCUCGUAACAGAAAAGGCACAAAUCACUUAUCCUUUUGAGAGAGGAAUAAAAGGUGUGGUGAGGAAAAAAACCUCAAAAAACGACAAGCUUCAUCAUCAAACGAAAAGCAAAGCUGCUUUUUUCACUGUACAAAAAAGGGGAGAAAUAACCCAACAACAUAAAAAAGCAGCUAGGAUAAAAAAAAAAAACAUAAGCUGUGGAAACCUUUCUUGGGAAAGUGCAAACACUCGUAUAUAUCAAGCAAAUGAUAACAAACAUGCAAAUAAGAGAAAAUGACACACAAACACUCACGCGCACAUCGGGAUGUUGUUGAUGUGGUGGUGAAAAAAUAGGGGGAAAAGUAAACCCCCCCCCAUUGUCAAGAUAAACAAGUGGGACGAAAAUUCAUCCAGCUCUUUGAACUGAGAGCGCACAGACACAGACUCUUUCUAAGGUAACAGACACACACACACAAAGGGGAGUUUCACACCCCGUGCGAACAGAAAAAAGGGCGCACACAUUGUGGCAAAAGUCCCUUCCAAAUGGCAGCUAGCGCCCUAAGCAAACACAAAACUCGGCAGCUCCAAAGUUGGCUCCACCAAACUCAAGCACACAAACACACACACACACACACACGCCCGGGGACAUAAUCACAUAACACGAUCAUGAGGCCAGGCGCACCACACCAGAGGCUUGCGUUUGGUUGCGUGCGGUUGAGCGAAAGCGCGUCUGCGUUCGGUUACACGUUUGCACAAACGAUUAAGCUUACCCUGGAGGCUGCCAAGCUCUGGCUACUGGAUCGUGUAUGUGUGUGUGUGUGAUGUCUAGGGGUGGGUUGUGCGGGUCGACGAGGAGCCUGGAAUCGAGUAACGAUAUAUUAGCGAUAAUAUAAAGUGCAAAACCUGUAUUGUAAAGGGACAGUUCAUACGGAAAACAAGGAAAAGCUCGUGUGUUGAAAAACGGUAUUAGUCACUAAGCGCAAGCAAAACAAACAAAUAACUACUAACCGGUCUACUUAUUGAUGUUUAAACAAACACACACACACGCACAGUUGCAGUGGAACAGAUUACAGUUUACGAUGGUUCGGCACAGCUGUUUGGUUCUGUUCAACCACCGAAAGCCACCAUUUUUUCAUCAGCAAAUUGGUAACCAAAAGGACAAUUUAUUUACAAAUUUCAAAAUGCGUUACGAUAUCAUGUAAAUGUGUGUGUGUGUGAGUAUGCUGUGUGAACUCUGAACACUUACUAUACAAUCAAAUCUGUACAAAAAUUGUAAAUAGCAGCAGCAGCGUGAAAAGAAAAAGCACACAAUUAAGAACAUUGAAAUCAAGAGCUUUCAAAUCGGUCUCAAAUUUAGCUAAGCAUGCCGUGCUUUCGCACUUUACUUUUCCCCCAUUUGGUUACCACCUCUUUUGCUAUUUGCUUUUCUUCUUCUUCUUCUUCUUAAGCCACAAUUUUCUCACUUUUAUGCACUAUAUUUUGUUGGGCUUUUUCAGCAACACCCCGCCAUGUAAAUAUAAAUAACAAACAAAACAGCAACUCAAAUACACAUAUACAAGCAAGCCUUAUUCGUCUUGGGUACCUAAUCAACAAUCAAGUAUCACACCACACUCUAGCAUUAUGAAACUAAGCAUUAUUGCGCGUGCACUAAUUAAGAAAUGCACACUGUCCCUUCCCGCGGAAGAAGAUUACAAUUUUAUUUCCUCUCUACCUGCUUCCGCCCUUUCUCUCCUACACUGGAACGCUUUUCCCGACUUCGCUCCAAGCAUGUGUGUGUGUGCGCACUUUUGUUUUCUCCACUCUCCCUGAUAGCACUGAUAGCGUCAGCGUCGUAAAUCAACAUUAACAGAGAACAUGGACUGCAUGUAGCUAUUAAACAAAUCUAUUCAAAUGAAAGUGUUUUAAACAUAACAAAAAAACAUUACAACAUACUGCUAGCUAUUCCCCCUCACAUAGGGUGCGGACAAACUGGGAAUGGUGUAUAAGAAAAGCUUUAAAAGGAAAUUCAAACCAACACAUACAAGAAAACAGCGCUUCAUCUUUAAACGAGUUUAGCUAACAAGCUUACGCUAACAACCCUGUCUGUGGGUCUAAUGGGCAGGUGUGGUUGACGUGCUCGAUGUGGGUGCGUGUAAGGGCUACUUUCACGUACUCUCUCCUGCAUUGCUUAUCAUAAUCGCUUUCCGUGUUUCCGUCUACUGACCGGCGGUAAGCUCUAGGUAGAAAUAAGAUCAACCCAAAUUGAUUCCUUUGUAAUUGUUUUUUCUUUUACGCAAAAAGGGUUCACUUCUGUUUAACGAUUACUCAUUUCCUUGUCUUAUUACGGACAAUGGGGUCAAACGGAUGGAGAAGAGUGUGUAAUUAUAGUUCGCUUUAAGCACGCCCAGCAACUCCACCCGGUAAGCAUUUAAAGGGUACCAAACUCUUGUGUGUUUUUUGUUUUGUUUUUCAUCAAGCUCAAGCAUAAAUGUGCCAGAAAUAGAGCUACAAGCUCCCAAAAUAGUUUAGCAAGCAAUCGUUCGCUUUGCUACACGUUGUUUUCGUCGUCCACCCUUUGUUGGGGAGUGCUUUUCGUUCGUUGCCUUGCUGAUAAAUCGGUCAGUAUAAAAAGGUCAUCAACAGCGAGGCGAAAUUACGAACAUAAAACCCCGAAAAUAACCACAAUUUGCUACGUCAUACACAAGAGUUGGGUUUUAAAGGGAUGUUUGGUUAAAUAUAGCUAAAAGCGGGAGAGCAAUGAAUGGAUGGUUGAACGUGCUUGGAGUAAGAAAAGUACCAUUAUUGAACCAGUGAAAAUACAUUGCAAAACAUAACUCAAUGUUAAACUAUGUUUUCAGCAGCUGCUGAACCAUUCAAAGAAAGCAAGUCUGCACACGCACUGGGGACAAUGCAAGUGCGCCAAUAGAAUGCAGAAAUUGCUGCCCCGUUUUCAAACCAUCCCCCGCACACACAAUUGACCGUGUCGCUAUGUGUCGCGACGACUGACUGCGCGAUGGCAGAAACGUUAUUCAACAACCCACUUACGCUGGCAAACAGCAAAAGCGCACCCAACCAAAUCAAUCAGAACGGAAGAACCAAACCAAGGGGAGAACCAAGUUGUGGAGGGAAAAUCCGGUGCGGGAAAAUUAUGUUCCUUGCCGCUUUAGCCGGCAAUAGGUUUCUUGUGAUCGAAAAAGGUUUUUUUUUGCCAAAAAACAAGUCCUCAGCCCGGCAUAUAAGGUAGCAGAGAGUUUGGACACUGUUCUGGCACACGGCCAGAAUUCAGCUUCUGCUUCCCCAAAGUCUGCCGGAAGCCGGGCAAGAGUGCAUUCACCCCCAGCAUUUCGGGAAUGUUUGCCACAUUGGCCGAUGGCUGCCGAGGCCGACCGGACCAGGGAUGACACAUACAGGAACCACAUCCUUGUGCCAUGCGCGCUGACAGAGAGGAAUUGAUUUUUUUACGUAUUCUCUUCCUCCCACUCAGCUCGAUCACGACAAACCUAUGUACACUGGAUUUCGGGACCGGGUUUGCCUUGCUGCUGGUCAGCUACCAGCAGCAUGCCAAUAAUUUUCGCCAGACAGAAAGAGACUUGGGGGACACAAAACAAAAGGGAAAAAGAACAACUUACCCAAAAGUACCCAAAAAUCUCACCCUCCCAAAAGAGGAAGCUAUCCUUCUUGCAAGCGACUAAAAGUUCCCAAAAGGCGUCCCUUACGGUGUACGUGAUGUCUUCAUGUUCCUCUCCAAAGAAGGGAAUUGGGAAUCAAAAAUUCUGAUAAGCACCAAAGGGUUCUUGUUUGGGAAAAGUUAAUCGCAAAAAAUAACCCAACUGACCUACAGCACAAACAGCAAUACUACACAGCAGGAAGAAAAAAAUGGCAAACGAUCCAAAGGACUCCCCCCUCAUGGUAGUAGGAAACAGGGUAAAAAGAUCACCCGAAGGGAUAAUCGAAAAAUGGAUUCUUAAUUUGGUGAACAAAGAUUUUGAUUUUGAGGACUGCAUGUGGGACGAUGCUUCAUGCUUUCCCACGCAAGUAUAAAAGAAAGGGAGACGAAAGAAAGAGAGAAAGAGAGAGAGAGGGUAAGAAUGUGUGGAUGUAAAGUAGUGAUACGUAGAAUGAAAAAAGUUAGUAAAUGGAUUAGGAGAGAAAUUGCAAAAUGGGAAUAAAAAAAAGUAAAGAAAAAGGAUCACAUACACAAAUUUGACAAUAAAAAUAUUGAAUCGUUUUUAAAACAAACUAUUUGUCGUUAGGUAAAUAGCUGAGCGAGCGCUGGGUUGGGUUUGGCGAGUAUGAGACGUGAGAACGACAUGCGACAAGAUACAAAUAAGAGGCUGUUCUUAUUUAUCCACUGUGUUCUUUUGUACUCACACAAACGUUUUCACUUAUUAUUGUGCUAUAAAUUUGUAUAAAAAUUUCAAACACUUACUUAUAUGUUUCAUUUAAGAUAAUUUUACGCUCAUUCUUUCGUUAGCUGCCUUUGCCUCUGAAAGGGGUAUAUUUUCAUUUGCUUUACCACUAUCAUACCAAUAUCAAUCGCUGCUCUAACGAAACUGGAAAGCUACAAAUGAAAUAAACAAACUUGAGAUACUUGAAAUAGUGCCAACUUUUCUAAUAGUUACGCAGAGAUGCAUAUUUCUCAGAUGCUAUAAAAAAACGAACGAUGUAAAUCAAAUGGCUGUAAAUGGGGCAUGGAGGGAAAUGGAGGCUAGAAUUACGACGGACAGAAGAAAGCAUAAGCAUUCUAUAUUGAUGUGUGUAUAUUUUUGGUACCUUGCGCAUUUCUGAAUAGUGCAUAACUUGAUGGACACUCAUACUGGAAACGGGAUCUCAAAAUUUGUUACUUUUAAGCAGACAAACAUUACUUUUGCACUACAAGUUACUACCGAAAACCACAGAACACUGCAGUAUGAGAAUAGUUAUUCCACAUGAUGUUCUAAUCAUUACAUCAACGACAAGAAAAUACAAAUUCAUAACAGAAUUACAGAAUGUAAUAGUAAAAUUGGCAAACAUGUAUGAAGUAAACACAUUCAAGCAAAAUGAAAUAAAACAAAACACAUGAGCACAAACUACAGUAAAUACAAACGAAGCUAAGCUAAGCAAGCAGCUAAGACAUUGAAAAUUUCAAUAAGCUACCCAUGCAGUACAGUACACAGUAUACUAUUGUAAGUGAUCCGUGGUAUGAUAUCCAACCAAGAGUCGUGAAGAAGGGUGAUUGCAUAAACAGCAGAAAAUAAUCAUACGGUUUUUGUCGCUAUGAUGAGAACAUAACAAAGUAAAGCUAACAGGUGAAACAUCACAACUAACAUAAUUUUAAAAGCCCGAGCAAAACCGAAACAUAACAUAGACAAUGAAAUCUUGUUGGUGAUAGUAUUGAUAAUGCUGCUAUGAAUUGAAUCGAGAAGCUGAAAAUGCCGAUAUAACUGAGCAACAGGAACAUAACAAUGAUGGAUAAACACAAAGAGAGAGAGAGAGAGCAGAGCAGAGCAAAACAGAUGAUAAAAUAAAUCCAUAUACAUAAACAAGCGAUAAACAUUCACAAACAGAUCAAAAUUAAAUGUUCUUUUAACUUAAAACAGAAAGAAGCUGAAAAGGAAAUUAAAAAACAUUCAAAAAGUAUGAGCAAAAGAUGAGACAAAACUUCAAACCUAAAACACAUGCAAAGAAAAGAAAGGAAAGUAACAUAAAACACACUACAAAUGUACAUAUCCUCUCUAUGAAAUAAAACCAAAAAUAAAACACACACACUUUACGAUCUUUA